GUCUGGGAUGCCCUUUGCGAAUCAAGAACCUACAUCUAUUUAUUUUAUUUUUUUUUGAAGUUGCUUGAGAAUACACAUUUUAGUUCGAUUAUCUCCACUGGAGCCUGUGCUGCCAGUGUGACUCACUGUACUUCAUUCCUACCGCCUAGCUUUCCCUCAUCCCGACUACUCGCUCAGCAAGCAGGCAAGGCGAUUUCCGUUGUGACUGUUUCUAUUCUUUAUUUUACACUCUAUUUCCCAUAAGUUCACACCUCCACCUACAUUCAGCCUUGUAUCGCGCCUAGUCUUUCAGCCUUAGCCUUCCUCUAUAUCAGAUUCCAUUUUCUAGGCAUCACUACACUGAGUUCCAUUUCCUUUCUACAUCUUCCUCGGGCUUUCUAUACAGCACACAGCAGCACCCAUGUCUUCCAACCGGAUCCGCCGCAUCACCAAAGAAAUUGCCGAUGUUCACGCGGAUUCUCUUUCCCAGAUCACAGUUGAGCCUCUAGGGGGAGGAAAUGAUAUCACACAUCUGCGUGGCACCUUCCUAGGACCCCCAGGCACUCCCUACGAAGGGGGCACUUACAAGGUUGAUAUAAAGAUACCCAAUGAGUAUCCCUUCCGGCCACCUGUGAUGAAGUUCGAGACCAGAGUCUGGCACCCUAAUAUCAGCAGCCAGACGGGUGCUAUUUGCCUCGAUACCCUUUCGUCAGCUUGGUCACCGGUUCUUACGAUAAAAUCCGCACUUCUCUCUCUACAGUCUUUACUUAAUACACCUGAACCCAAAGACCCACAGGAUGCGGAGGUCGCAAAUAUGCUUAUUAAGAGACCGAAGGAAUUCGAACGCAUUGCCCGCGAGUGGGCUGUGAUCUAUGCUGGGGCACCCAGGAAGCACUCUGGAGAAAGUAGCGGUGGUGCAACGGAUGAAUCGUUACGGCAACAGGAGCUUGAGGCCAUGGAACAGGAGACACAGGAAGAUCUUUCCAAGUAUGAUGGAUACAACAAGGAUCUGGUCGACCGUUUUUGCAGUAUGGGGUUUGAUGUGGACCGUGUGGUUGACGCGUUCAAUUAUGUCGGUGUCGACCGAAUGGAAGGAGAGGAUUAUGAGCUAGAUGAAGCAUUUAUGGGUGACAUAACCGCACGACUCCUGGGCGAGCCUUGAUGGUUGAGAAAAUGCCGUCAUGAGAACGCCAUUCCUUUUUAUUGUCUUUUAUCCAGUUUCUGUUUUCUGGAUGGUGGGGUUAAGCGCAAGGUGUCUGGCGAGGUCUUUGUUAUUAUUUGGAUAACUGGGUUGGCUCUUCCGUAUACGAAUGAACUGCUAUUACGAGACUCGGGAGUAG